ACAGCCUCGCGCGAUUAUGUUCCCUGUUUUGGGAAUUUUAUUUAUGGCACGCGCGCUCUCGACGUGCUCCCUGGCUCUAUAACGCUGUCACCGACUACAAUGUCAAGCCUUUUAGGAGUCUCGCGAGCUUCCGUUUUCACCCCAAGGACAGAAGAUCCGUCGUGAUUUAUUUGUUUAUUUAUUCGUUUGUUUUUUUUUUUACCCGAACUGACUCCACCUGAAGUGAUAUUUGUGCGUUAAAGUGAUGAUGUCUUCACAAUAAACCAAGCUAAGGUCUAUGUUAGAGCGACGAAGACAGAAAUGGAGGUGACAAGGCGAAGAGACUCCAGUGGCCAGUUCUCUGACAACUCGGACCAUGACUGUGAGGUACAGAGGAAAGCAGCACGAAGUGUAACGAAUGUGGGAAAAACAGGGCAAUAAUGGCCAGAUACUCAGAGGGCUAUGGCACUGAGGAGGAGUGCGUCCAGUCCGAUCCUCAGCGAGAGAGCGAUGCAGAUGCAGACAUAGAGGAUGCAGACACUAGACUACAGGUCGUGGGCUCUCUCCAGCGAAUCAGCUCUCGGAAGCGAAGGCGUCAGCGAGUAACCCGGCAAGACACCACGGAGAGCGAGGAUGAUGGGGGGCAAAGCCACAGGAACCACCGCUGGAGUCUGAGAUUGAGUCCCCAUCGCUCACCUAAUAGAACCAUACUAGAGGAAAGUGUUUCUCAGGUCAGGCCACUGGUGAUUUGUCACUGUAAUCCAGCAGAUACCCCGGCUGCUUCAGCCAACCAACCCGAAAAAGGAAAAUGGUCGAUGAACAUAUGGCCUUUCUCUCUCUCUUUACCUCUUUUCUUCUUCCUCUUUCUUCUCCCCCUCUUCAUUUCCAUCAUAAUUGUGUUCUUUUCAUUCCUAUACCCACUUACUAAUACCUGACACCCCCUGCAACAGAUACCUCAAGGAAUCAUGUUUUUGUUGAUAUGUGUACUAUGAGAAGCACAAAAUUGGCCUUGAAAUGAAAGUGUAAUGUCUGAUACAUGUUAGCUAGAGGAUAUUAGUCGCAUUAAUUAUUUGAAUCCUUAUGUAAGAGUUUAAAAUGUCUGCAAUUUUAGUAAAUCCUUGAAAAUCACGAAUAGGUUUCUUUGUCAGACAGAAUGCUGUAAUUCAAUCCUUAUUCCUUUCUCUUAUCUUGACUUAAUUGUCAGUGUUUAAUCACCCACAAUAAUCCAUCGUAUUGCAUUUAUUAAUAGUUAUUUUUUUUAAAAAAAGCAAAAACCUUAAUUAGAUGAUUAAUUUGCUAUUUAUUACAACUUGUUCUUAAAUGUCACCAUGAUCGUUUUGAGCUCAGAUGUUAUUUCUUACUCCACCAGUGUGUGUCUGUGUAUGUAACGAUGCGUGCGUAGAAAGAUUGAAAACGGAAACGAAUUACUAUGCAAUGUACAGACAAGUCUUUUAGGAUUUGUUUAUGAUAGAAAAUACACUUUUUUUUAUUUUGUGAAUGCAUGGCUGAAGUGAUAUUAAGCAAACCUCAACUGAUGCAUCAAAUCUAUGAUAAGUGGCAGAGCUUAUUACUUAGUUCGAUUAAGUUUCACAUCAGUGUUAGCAUUAAAGAUUUAAGUGCUAGUUAUGUUUAAGUGAGAAGUAUAUUUAAUGUCAUUUUCUUUUCCUCUAUACUGUUUUUUUUUUUUUUUUAAAGUUACAUCUUAAUAACAGCCCUGAUGCGAUUGCUCUGGAAUUCUUAUUCAGUAUUAUGUUUAAUGCUAUUAAUUUUGUGCUUUUAUAGCUCCACCAGCUCCAGCACAUUUCUGUCCUUGUCACAGUCUCAUGCUUUUCCUCUUAAGCUUUAAAAUGAAAAUGAGGUGUAUGUUUGUGAACAUUUUGGGUCCAUUUGAACAUAAAUAAAAAAAAUUGGUUUGAAAACA